ACAAAACAAAACACUUCUCUCAUCCAUAAUGAUCCAUUACUUAAUAUUCAUCUUAAAUUCCUUAAUUAAAUCCCCAUUAUUUUACCUAUUUAUAGGUGUAACACCCUACAACCCUCUCCUACUCUUUCCCUCCCAUUCCUGGCUACUCUCAUCACUACGUGUUUUUGUGUGUGUGUUUGUGUGUAUUAAGACUUAAAAAGAGUAAUAAUACCUACUGCCCAACAUGAGGAUGGUCGACUUGGGCAAUCAUCGAGGCCUCCACAUAAUGGACACGCCCACCUCAGUAGACUGCGCCCGAGAAGUCAGAUUCCGGCGAUCAUUCCGUUCACUUGUCGAGUGCAUGGUCCCCUGCUGCGGCUUCCAACCCUCCUCCCAUUCCCUCUCCAGCGACACAGACUCCACGCACGCCUCCACCGUCACCGGCACCUUCUUCGGCUACAGAAAAGGCAGGGUCAGCUUCUGUCUCCAGGACGACACCAAAGGGUCGCCCAUCUUGCUGCUUGAGUUCGCGGUCCCCACCGCGUACUUGGCGCGAGAGAUGCAGCAUGGGCUGCUCCGGAUAGCUCUGGUGGUGGAGUGUAGCGGCCGCCGGUCGAGAGACGGGUGCUCGCUCUUCGACGUGCCGGUGUGGUCCAUGUACUGUAAUGGCAGGAAGGUGGGGUUCGCCAUCAGGCGUCAGAUGACGGUGAGCGACCUUGCGGUGCUGAAGCACAUGCAGUCGGUGUCGGUGGGGGCCGGUGUCCUUCCGAUGGCGCCCAAGUCCGACGACGGUGACCUCAUGUAUUUGAGGGCGAGCUUUGAACGAGUUAUUGGAUCGGUUGACUCGGAGUCGUUCCAUAUGAUGAACCCGGUGGGAAGUACUGGACAAGAGCUUAGUGUAUUUCUUUUCAGAUCAUGACACAUUUAAGUAGAAAAUGAUGUGCAAACAGAAAGUUUGACAUUCUUAAUUAUCAUGUUUAGGGGAAUUCUGUUUGUAUAGUGCUAGUAAAACCCUUAUAUAUAGAUAUAUAUAUAUAUAUAUAUAUAUAUCUUGUGUAUGAUAUUUGUAGCCGACCUGUAGAAUAUAUUCUAAUUUAAAAUUUCUUCAGAUACUUUGCUAUC